AUGUUUACAAAAUUUAAAGAUAAUCUAAGAAAGAUAGAUAUUUUUGGAUAAUCAAUAACACUCAGCUUUCGUUAAGAAGAAUAAUACAGAACUAGUUUAGGAGGGAUGCUUUCUUUAUGCAUAAUUGCCACCAUUAUCAGUUUUUUUUACUCAAAUAUUAUUGACUUUUUUUAAAAAAACACAGUAUCAUCUGAAUCAGAACAGUAAUUUAAUGAAGAUCCAAGCACAAUUUAACUUUUACCAAAUAAUUUUAUGUUUGCUGUCCAGAUUGAUUAAGUCAAUUUUACAACUAACCCUUAUUUUAAUAUAACAGUGGAAUAGAGAGGGUAUAUCAGAGAUGAAAAUGGUACUUAGGUUAAGUUGCCUCCUCUUUAUGUAGAUUUAGUGCCUUGUACUCUUGAACAUUUCAAGCCCAUAUUUGAUUAAUACAAUACCUCUUUUGAAGAUUAGUUUAAGCAAUAUAAUUUAAACAAUUUCUUGUGUCCAAAUCUAAACCAUCCUUUGACAUCAAAUAUGACAGUUGGAGGGGCAUGGACAAGUAAGACAAUAAUAAUAUAAUAAUAGGUAGAGAAUUUUCAUUUUUAAAAUUUGUGGUUUCCUCAUGCAAAAGUAAUUCUGGGAAUAAUUUUUCUUGGAAACCACAAUGCAAGACUGAAGAGGAAAUGUAGAAAUACUUAAAAUCUUAUGGAAGCUUUAGAUUUUAGGUAUAUACAACUAACUAUGUAUAUUAAUCAAUAUUUAUAUUUAUAGUUAAUUAACCCUGAAUCCCCAAAGCAUUUUAUUCAACCUUACAUAUCCAUAGAAUAAUUUUAUUCUUUUGUUCCAAAUGCUAUGUUUGUUCAAUCAGAUAUUUUCCUUAGACCUAGGAAGGUCACAACGGAUGAUGGAAUACUAAUGUAUCCCCAAUAAACUACUUAAACAUAUAUAACAAGAGAUUAUAUGGAUAAUAGAGAGUAAUCAGCAAUUUCAGGUUUAACACCUGGAUAUUAUGGUGCUUUCUAUUUUGUAAGAAGUCCUUACUCUUAUGAUAUUAAAAGAAAUUUUAUGAGACUAGAUGAAUUAUUAAGUAAUUUAGGGGGAUUUUCAUAAUUUAUGAUAGCAGUAAUUGGUGUUUUGAUUAAAUUUUACAAUCGUGAACAUAUGGUUAUAGAAAUGGCAAAUGAUUUAUAUGAAUUUGAUCUUAAUAAAAAAAGAAAUAACACAAUAGAGGCACAUAAUGCUUUAUUAGCAUCUACUUAAAGAGGAAGAGAAGCUUUAAAAAGAUCAAUGCAUAAAAUAAAAGGGGAUUCUGCUAUAUAAAUAAAGAGUAUGUCAACAUUUCAUUAGAAACCUAUUAUGGGAUAGUUUUUAUCUCCUUAAAAUAUUGACAGACAGGAAAGCAUCAAAUUGAAAGAUGGCAUAAAUUCUCAUCGAUCAAGUAAAUUAAAGAGAGUUAGUUAAUUAAAGGUUCAAUGUUCUGCUAUUUUUGAAUAAUUCAAAUAAUUAAUGAUUACUAGUUAACAUAUUGGAAUAAGUUUGAAAUUGAUAUUGAGUUAAAUUAUACCCUUUUAAUGUAUUUAAACAGAUGAGUGUAUAGUAUUAUAGAAGGCUAUGUAAUUAUUAUUUAUUUAUUAAUAGAGCAUAAGUGAAUAAAGAAUUAGAUAUAUAAUAUAUUAUUAAGUAAUUACAUGAGAUGAUAAAAUUAAAGAGAGUACUUUUCAAUCCUGAAUAAAUUACAUUAUUUAAUUUUAGUCAUAGACCAACAAUAAGUUUGAUAAGAGAUAAAAGAAAUAGGAAAUCAACAGUGUAAUUAUUAUUAUUAUUAUUUUUAGAUUAAAAUAAAUUUUAGAUAAUCCAACUCAUGAAAUAGUUUUAUCCCAAUUAUUUACUGAUCUUGUUAAUUCUUAUUAAAAAUUAAUAGGAUUAGAUGAUUAAGUUAUGUCUGAAGAAUAGAUUAGAUUUAAUUAGAGAUUAAUAUCACUUUUGGGAUAAAAAUUACCUCAUUUAUUAGAAAAAGAAUUAGCUUAAGCAUCAGAAGAAGAAUCAAACGAUGAAGAACCAAAACCUGAAGAUAUAAUCAGUCGAUCCAGUUGA